GUGCCGUUUUGUCGCUCUGUAGUCGCAUUCAGGGAGACGGAGAGAGAGAGAGAGCAAAAGAAGAUUUCUCUUUCGCACGAUCCAUAGUAUUAAACUAUCCUAGUUUUCAACCACCCCGCUCUGGAUCAAACUCUCUCUGUCUUCAUCCAUUUGACUUCCAAAACAGUAGACGGAGAGAGAACAGAGCGAUGCUUCGCUUGCAUAGCUCGCCGUCACGGAUUCCGAUUCCGCCUCCGGUUUCGAGGCUCGGCCGGCGUUUUCCGACUCUAGUAAGGCAAUCAGCACCCUGCCCAUGUUGGUGGAUCAAUUCUUUAGAUUUACAUGUGGGAAAUCUGCCAAAGAACAAUAGAGGGCAAUGGGAGGCUAAUUUUAGACGAACGUUUUGUGAGCUGGACUCUCCUAUGAGCAUGAAUAUUUCAGACAACUUUCAGGCUAAUGACUCAAGAUUGCACCCAAAAUAUGGUAUCAUUGGUAAGCAGGGUCUUCAUGUAAAACUCCUGAUAGCGUCCAUUUCAUCUUAUUCCAUCCUCAGAAUGCUGCAAUUAGACUUUGUGAAUAGAUUGAUAAAAGUGGCUCAAGAUAUACUUUUUUCCCUGGCUGCCAAAACUUCACCCUUUGCUUGUAUGUCUACUUCCUUGAAUAAACCCACUCCUCUUCGGCUGGAUGUAUCUUUGCCCUCAUUGCGAGAUAUUAGCUGGAGUCUUGCAAGGUUACUUUAUUUAUUCAACCUCCAACUUGAGAGGAAUGUUGCCACGUUUUUCAUUGUGCUUCUUGCUUUAUGCUUCUCCUUUGUUCUCAUUGGUGGUUUUCUCUUCUUCAAGUUCAGGGGUAGUACGCAACCUCUGGAGGACUGUUUAUGGGAGGCUUGGGCAUGCCUAUGCUCGUCUUCAACUCACUUGAAACAACGAACACGGAUUGAACGUGUUCUUGGGUUUGUUCUUGCUAUAUGGGGGAUACUAUUCUACUCACGUCUAUUGAGCACAAUGACAGAACAGUUCAGGAAUAAUAUGCAAAAACUCAGAGAAGGAGCACAAAUGCAAGUUCUGGAGACUGAUCAUAUCAUUAUAUGUGGAGUAAAUAGUCAUCUGACUUUCAUACUAAAGCAGUUAAAUAAGUAUCAUGAGUUUGCUGUCCGCUUAGGUACUGCUACAGCUAGGAAGCAGAGAAUUCUUCUUUUGUCUGAUCUUCCUAGGAAGCAGAUGGAUAAGGUAGCUGACAAUAUUAGCAAAGAUCUUAAUCAUAUUGAUAUCCUGACAAAAAGUUGCAGUUUGAGCUUAACCAAAUCAUUUGAAAGGGCCGCAGCUAGUAAGGCACGUGCUGUUAUUAUUUUGCCAACUAAGGGAGAUCGAUAUGAUGUCGAUACAAAUGCAUUUCUUUCAGUGCUUGCCCUACAGCCUCUUCCAAAAAUGGAUUCUGUUCCCACCAUUGUUGAGGUUUCAAACUCUAAUACAUGCCAGCUCUUAAAGUCAAUCUCUGGAGUGAAAGUGGAGCCUGUCGAAAAUGUUGCGUCAAAAUUAUUUGUACAAUGCUCUCGGCAAAAAGGCCUUAUAAAGAUCUAUAGGCACUUGCUUAACUAUCGAAAAAAUGUAUUUAACCUUUGCAGUUUUCCUCACCUAGCAGGAUUAAACUAUCGGCAAGUAAGACUUGGAUUCCAAGAGGCAGUUGUCUGUGGUGUUUUCCGGGGAGGGAAGAUAUACUUCCACCCAAAUGAUGAAGAAGUUUUACAGCAAACUGACAAAGUGUUGCUCAUCGCACAUCUUCAUGAGAAGAAAAAACUGCAGCUUGCACGCCCAUUCACAGAAGAAAACAAGGAAAAUGAUGAUGAAGUUCUAGAGAAAAACUGUGCAAAUCCUAAUCAGGCCCUAAAGAUGAAAAGGAUACAGCAAAAUAUAGUGAAGCGUCCUACAAAAUCAGGUUCAAAGGCAUCAGAGUGGAAUCUAGGACCAAAAGAAUGUGUGCUAGUGCUUGGGUGGCGCCCAGAUGUUGCAGAAAUGAUUAAAGAAUAUGAUAAUUAUCUUGGUCCUGAUAGUAUAGUGGAAAUACUGUCAGAUGUGACGAUGGAUAAGAGAAAUAGGGCUGGCAACUUUUCCGGUCAAGGCAAGCUCAAGCAUGUCAGGGUUUCCCACAGGAUUGGGAACCCCAUGGAUUAUGAUGUCUUAAAAGAAACCAUAAUUAAUAUUCAAAAGUCUUUUAGGAAAGGCGAAGAUAAUCCAUUGUCCAUUGUUGUAAUAUCAGAUAGAGAGUGGCUACUUGGAGAUCCGUGUAGGGCAGACAAGCAUUCUGCAUACUCCCUUCUUCUUGCUGACAGUAUUUGCAACGAACUUGGAGUCAAGGUGCAAAAUCUAGUUGCAGAAAUUGUUGACUCCAAAUUGGGCAAACAAAUAACAAGAAUCAAGCCAUCCCUCACUUACAUCGCAGCAGAGGAAGUAAUGAGCCUUGUGACUGCUCAAGUGGCUGAGAAUAUUGAACUGAAUGAGGUGUGGAAAGACAUUCUUAAUGCAGAAGGUGACGAAAUAUAUGUGAAGGAUAUUCGCAUCUACAUGAGAGAGGGGGAGAAUCCUUCGUUUGCUGAGCUAUCAGAAAGAGCACAUUUGAGGCGAGAAGUUGCAAUUGGUUACGUGAAGAACAAUAAGAAGGUCAUAAAUCCAAUACCCAAGUCAGAGCCUCUCUUCCUUGAUCUGACGACAGACUCGCUGAUCGUCAUAUCAGAGCUUGAAGGAGAACAACCCGUGUCUCACUAAACAUGUACCAUUCAAUCUUAUUCUUGAUUGCUACUGUUCUUUCUUCGUGCAUGAACAUCCUUAAUGCCCUGAAUCAACCAACUUAACCACUUGGGUCUUUAGGAAUUUUGUGUAGAAUAAAUAAUAAUAGGAGACUGCAGUGCACUUUGUGAGAAAAUGUUGGCUUCCUUCGUGCUGAAUCUAAAUAAGCACUUUUUAUUAUUA